AUGGUUCUUUUCGGCCUUUGCUGCAAGGAUUUGACGCGCCGAUUCGGGCUCGCGCGCACGGACCCUUUCUCCCCCGUGGAUGCUAUAGCUGUGCUUCCCACACACGCGGGCUCACGGGCGGUACUCGCAACGCACGUUCCCUUUUUGGGCCUUCACUGCGUUGUCGACGUUUCCCCCCGUGGAUGCUAUAGCUGUGCUUCCCACACGCGGGCUCACGGGCGGCACUCGCAACACACGUUCCCUUUCGGGCCUUCACUGCGUUGUCGACGUUUCCUUACCAGCUUCUGCGGCUGCGUUCACCACCUGUAGGGACAGGUGCGUUCCUCACUCCCAAGACUACCUCCCAGCUGACGAGGUCGCUGAUCGAGAGUUCCAUCUUGCCGGACGUUCACAGCUGCUAGCAGCUCGUUAUGAAACCCUCGACGUGGCUCGCUUAGAGUAGCUCGGGGUGAGUGCUUCGAUACACCCAAGCUUGUUGCACGGUGUACUUUGCACUUGGAUCCCUGCAAAUUCUUUGUGGGGGCAUUUUGCUCCGGGCCCUUGUUGGGCAACGAGCUAAAUCGCAUAUCUCUCAGCAGACCCUUUGCCGUCCUUUGCACCAACCGCGCCCCAACUGUCUUUAUACAGUGUCUUGUCUUUGUCGCAAAGGUAUGCUGAGACGAUCAGUGGACUUGCUCCAUCAUCAGUUGCAGCCGACUGACAUCCAGAAGCUUGGGUCGCAAAGCUCCCAAUUGUCAUCCCGCCCACCAUCCCUGUGUAUCACCAAGAAGUUCGGACUCUCUUCCGUUUAGAUCAAUCACUUGCGGUUUUCCCCAGAAGGCGGGGUUUUCACCGCUUGAGGUAUUUGUUUAACAACUCCUACACCACCAAUGUUGUCCUUCGUCUUGCUGCAACUCGAACCACUAUUCCGCUACGACUCGCGCGAGUGGUCAGGAGAGUCGAAUUAGGUUAA